AUGGAUCAGAAAAAGAAAGAAUUUCUAGAGGUCAAACAAAGAAAUACGACUGUGUUUGAAUAUGAUGUUCGACUGAGUAAAUAUGCCAGAGAAUGGGUUUUGACCGAGGAUAAGAUGUGUAAACGCUUUGAAGAGGUUUUAAAUAAGGAUAUCAAGUUAUUGAUUGGAAUUCUCAAGAUAAGGGAAUUUGCAGUGUUAGCUAAUCCAACCCACAAAGCUGAAGAAUUGAGUAAAGAAAAGAGACAAGUCGAAAGAGAGGCUCGAGUUUCUAGAGAAAGAACUAUGAGUAAAUCACAAUCAUUUGUUUCUAAGAAAUUAAAGAAGUAUUAUGAUCGUGUUACCACCUCUACGCGAUAUUCUGAAAGAAAGCGGGGCUCUCAACGUUCUAACCCAAGGUCUUCAUCUCCAUCUGUAAUCAGUGUGGAUAGUGUUGAAAGAGUUGAAAAGGAGAUAGAACCAGCUCCAAAGCCGAGUAAUCCUGUCUCGAAGGGUAGACCACCCCAUCACCCUGGUAAUGUUAAUGGUAGUCAAGCAAUAUCAGCACAGAAAUAUGUUAAAAAGGGGUAUAAUGCCUAUCUUGCGUAUGUGAUGGAUACCAAAGUAUCUAAGUCAAAGAUUCAGUCAAUGCCGGCUAUUGAUCUCCAUUCUGGUUAUUAUCAAUUACGGGUAAAAAAAUCGGAUGUACCAAAGACAGCUUUUAGAACCAGUAAAUGUGAAUUUCGGUUACGGAAAGUCAGUUUUCUUGGGCAUAUAGUAUCUGCUGAAGCUGUCAGAGUAGACGGGAAUAAAAUUUCAGCCAUUGUUAAUUGGAAGCCACUGAAGAAUGUGUUUGAAGUUUAA